AUGCGGCAUACCGAAGCAGCGUGCAGAGUGCCCCAAGUUGGGGCAGAACGGGCGGAUGCCUGGUUCGCGGCCAGCACCAGCCGCGGCGACACACUGGGCGUGGCCGAUGGCGUCGAAGCCCCAGCCACGAUCCGCGUCGCCUGGACUUGCUGCUGCAUCGGGCCAAUUUGCGACGUGCAGGAGGUGCGCCAUCCGGUCCUGGCCAGCUGCCACACUGGCCUGCUCAGCCUGGACCGCCGCACCGGCACCGUCACCGCCACGAGCAUCGGCGGCUGCGGCUUCCUGGUGGUGCGCAAGGGGCAAAUUGUUGCCCGCUCGAUCGCUGGAAAGCUGCAGGUCUCGACCUGCCCGACUAGCCUCCCGUUCUUGGGUGUCGGCACCUUCCUCUAUGGCGACAUCAACCGGCCAGCGGCUCAGCAGUUCCGCGCACAGUCCGAGGACAUGCUCCUGCUGGCCACCGACGGCUUCUUCGACAAUGUGGACGAUGGGUGCGUGCUGUCGCUGAUGAACGAACUGGCGGGCGGCACAGAUCCCCGUCGCAUGCAUCUGUAUGCGGAGACCCUGGCCCUGAUGGCACGCGCUGCUCGACCAAAAGAGACUCGCCACAAGAAGAUGGACGACAUCACCGUCGUCCUGGCGGUGGUCAAUUAG